AUUGGUUUUUUUUUAUUUCCACAGGUUCAAAAACGCUCGUGGGAGAUGUUUGCGAGCCGGACGUGAUGGCUGAAAACGGCAACUACGGAGGUGGCAAAACACAUUUCUGUCAGCUCAACAGCCUGUGGUCCGUGUGGUACGGUCUGCUCGCCACCGUGCUUAAUAUCUAUUCCGUUUUGUUGGCCACUCGGAGACUAUCGGAGUACUUGGAAGUAGUAUGGCCACCGAAGAGCGUACUUCCGCCCCGGUACGAAGUUCACUGCUUCGUUGCCACCAUCGGAAUGGCCGCCGUGCUGGUACCUUUGGUGGCAUUCACCGCCGUCUUUCGUACUGGAAACAUGGCCAACGAUUCGGAAAAGCUUGGCAACUUGUUGGACGUCCGUCGCCGCCGCCUGUCAUCCUGCUGGACCCACGGGCCGCCGUCCUCUUCCACUCUACACUCGUUCAUGGCACUCGCCCUGCUGGUAGUCAAGCUCAUGAUCGAAGCCAGGCUCAUACAGGCCGGUCUCAUGUCCACAAAUAAUAUUUGGAAUACCGACUUGGACUUUCUGGUCCUCGGCGGACAUCAGUCCAGUCCACCCAACAUCACUCUUAAAAAUAUGCACAUCGAACCCAAGACACAGUCGGUACUCGUCCCACAGUCGUCAUCGUCAUCGACCAAUAGAUCAUAUGCUGCGGACACUGAUGGGGGCAUGUCCAUCGAAUUUUUCAAUUACGCUAUGGCUUUGUUCAUAUAUUGCGGACGGUAUGCGUCCGUUUUUUGGGAAACUAACAAGUGUUUCGCCACCUUAUUCUCCGUCCAGCUAUUCGCCAACGCUAUACAUUGCCUGUCACUGUACCUCUUCACAUGCAUCCUCUACAAGAUGCAAGUGUUGGGCGUCUGCAAAAUGGUGAAGGAACUACCGGCUGGGCCCACCACUUACCACCUGGUGCUGGAUCACCUGGACACCGCUGUGCUGUUCACCGUCACCACCGUUCUGAUAUUCGUGUCCAACUCAAUAGUGUACUACUACGGGUACACGCGAUUCAGCGGGUUCGUGAAGCGGCAGACCGGCGGCCGGAAGACCGUGGCCGAUGCCUACUCGAGCCUGAUGCCUUACUGCGCCAGCGUGCUGGCCCUGCUCGCCGUCGUCGCGUCCGAGAGCCCUCUGCUGUACAACGCCAUCGUCGUGUUCCGGUCGUCCCUCAACGGCGUUGUGUUGGCUUGUCUGCUGAACUCCACCGCGCACGUGUUCGUCUGGAUAGCCAUGUGGUCCGUGCUCACGCUCAAGCCCUGCUGGGUGUUCAAUCUGCACCUGUUCCUGGAGUACGACCCCAGGGGCGGCGGGUGCAGUGGUCCUGGCGGCGGUGCGGCUGGUGGAGGCGGCGGAGGUGACGACGCCCAGCGCGUGCCCUUGCUGGUGGUGGCCCAAGGGGCCACUUAUUCGCUGACCGAGAAGACGGCCAAGCGCAUCGUCACGUCCGUGGUGGAACGCGUAGUGGCCGACUACACGCGCGUCGCUGCGAACUCGGAUAAACACAAACUUAAAAGAACUCCAAAGACAAUGAGUGAUGAACAGAUAUACUGGCCUAGACCAAAGUCGAGUUCAGGCCGCAGUUGUUUAAGCGAAAUGGAAGACUCGGACGAGCCGUCUGGCUGUUUUGGUUGUAAACGGACAAAGAAAUCUACGAAAGGCAUACCAAUGGACAAAAUCGACCGAAGGGGAGUCAGUCCAGAGGACGAUGGUGAUUAUGCAAAGCUCCGAGAAUUGCCGAUGGUAGCUAGGGCUACGAACGACCACAGCGACGACAAUACGUCCGAAGACACGAAGCUUUUGGACACGGUACGGGAAGGUGUAAUUACGUACGCCAGCGCCAACACAAGAGAGUUGUUUUACUCGCCGGCCACUCCACCACCCCCGCCACCACCCAUCCAGGAAGACAUAAGUUCAGCUGCGGAAUUCCACGCCAGCAAAACCCAAGUGUCCAAGCAACAUCAACAAGUGCGCGAUCACGCGUAUCGUGGUGGCUUAUACAGCAAGACGAUAGUGGCAGGCCAGCAGGGACCACAGCGCGUGGGUGGCCCUGCGUCGGUGACGGUUGCCGACGAUUUCGAGGAGGAGGACACCGUAAAGUCUGAGUCGGAGGCAUCCGCGACCGGCCACUCGCCGCAGGCCGCGUGCAGCGGCCACAGCGAGUCGUCCAGCGGCGUGCACUCCAACAGCAGCCACGACACUGCGGCCACGAUGCCGCUGCCGCCGCCUCCACCCCCGCUGCAGUUGUCGCCGGCUGCGUCCACAUCCACACUGUCUCCGACGGACGACGAACAGCGGCGCCGGGCCAGUUAUGCGGACCUGCAGACAGUGGACACGGUGGUGAUCCGACACAAGGGCGGCCCGGGGGCCAAGGCUCGGAUACCUCCGGAUCCGUGCACCAGGCCCACGAACGUGUCGCUCAGCUCGUUCACGGAACCUCGGGGCGCCCGGAAUCGGCCCGGCUCGGUGCCCGGCUGGAGGACGAUGCCACAUAACGUCGCGCCGCCACCCCCUCCGCACACGACGACCGGUAACCACGUCAUGGCGUCGUCGCACUACCACCAGUACCAGCAGCAGAAGAACCAUCAGCAGCAACAGCAGCAGAACCAGAACAACUAUCAACAGCACCAACGGCAGUGGUCGUCGUCGUACAAUGGCGGCGGCGUCGGCGUCGGCGUCACCAAAACGUCGGCCGUCCGGUCGCGGAACCACUCGACAAUACCCACGCACCACAACGGCGUCAGGCUGUUCCAGCAGCACCAGCAACAGUCGUACGGCCAAUAAUAUUAGGCCGCGAGCCCCUAUAUUUAUUAUAAUACUGUAAGAAUUAUUAUCGUAGAGGAUAAAAUAAAAAGACGCCCCCGGGGUGUGGAGGGAUGUACAGCAUCCAGCUGCUUUUUCGAAAACAGUUCGACUAAAUAUGAAUUUCGAAUUGUAUAAAGGUACUAACUAUACGGGUCGUUUCCACUACUCCGACGACCUCUUAUUCUACCUCCGUGCGGAACAGUCAGCCAACCGACCCCCUCCUACCAUUCCUGAAUAGGUAAUUAAAACGUUCUAGUCCCCCUCUUCUGCCCCGUUAUCCAUGUAUUAUGUAUGUAUAGUAGGCGUGUUUAAUCGACACUAUAGUUUUGGAAUUAUUACUAUUAUAUAAUAUUUAACUAUAAAUAAAUUACGUAUCAUUAUUUAAUAUUACUAUUGAAUAUCAUUUGUCAACUAUAUGUUAUAUACCUUAAUUAUUGAACAGUGACAAACGACACUAUAAACAUAUUUUAACGCAUAAUGUAAGACCCGUAUAUAAUAUAUAAUAAUACAUAUUAUAUGAAUAUAAAAUAAUAUAUAUGUUUACCUCCAAACGACCCAAUCGAAUUUGUCGCGUUGAGCUUACCAAAUAUGUUUUUUUUUUUUUUUUAAAUUUAUCACCCGAUAGACUGAACGACAAACUAAUACGUAGGUGUACGUAGAGUAGAGUGAAAAAAAGACUCCGUCCUUGUCGCCAAAGACAGUUUCGAGCGAGCGCAGGGAAACGGGACACAAUUAUUUGUACACAACAAAGUGCAUAAACUUACGUUGUGAAAAUAUCGUAUCAUAUAUUAUAAUGUACUAUUAUUCGUCAUAUAUUAUUAUAUCGUAUUCGACUUUAUUUUAAACAGAUUAUUAUAAUUAUUGUUCAUAUACAUCGACAGUGGAAUGUCCGUUUACGUUUUGAGAGACAAUAAUAAUUACAGUAAUAUAACGUUGUUAGCUGAAGUGUAAAAAAAAAGACACUCCUAACGGUAGGCACUUACCGGAAUCCGAGGAUUUUCCGUCGAUAAACGAUUUCCGCCCAAACUCGACUUUUGUCGGGAUUUGUCACAGGUUUUUUUUACGAGCGAGGGAGAGAAAUCUAGCCCAUAAUAUUACUAUUGUAUCAAUAUCUAUAUUUGUAUAAUUUUUUUUUUUUACAAGAUAUAUAACCCAACCAACUCCGAUUACGACUCGUUAUUUCAAUCGAUCCAUUUUGUUUUCACGAUUCCCUUCGACAGACUGUUGUUAUCCUUGGUGCUAUAUGAUACGUUUAUAAUUUUUUUUUUA